GGCAGGCGCAGCGGCGGCGGCGGCGGUUCCUGGGCGCUGAGUUAAGAAAAUGAGGCAGAAGGAAGUGUUAACCAAGACCUUCCAAGGCCCAGCUAUUGUCUGUAGGACUCCGACCAGCCACGUUUACAUGUUUGAGAAUGGCGGUGGGGACUCAGGGGAUUCCUCUGAGGAAGAGUCCCACCGUGUGGCUCUGCGGCCCCGGAGCAAGGAGCGCCAGAAGAAGGGUGCCCACCACCCUCACCAGCCAGGAGCAGGGGACGUGGUGCUGCUGCAGAGGGAGCUGGCCCAAGAGGACAGCCUCAACAAGCUCGCUCUUCAAUACGGCUGCAAACACAUUUUUUUUAAUACCUAAUGAGGCCAGAGAUGCCAGGCAGAUUAUCCAAGAUUUCUUUGCAUUCAGAGUGAUUAACAAUGGCAAAGUUGCAGAUAUCAAGAAAGUCAACAACUUCAUCAGAGAACAAGACUUAUAUGCUUUGAAAUCUAUUAAGAUUCCAGUGAAAAACCACGGGAUCCUAACAGAGACCCACAAAGAACUCAGACCCCUUCCAAGUCCAUCCUCAGAGACCAGAGUGACCUUCGAGGAGCAGCCAGACUCAGACAGAGCAGCUGUAGGUGCUGGUGCCCCAUCCAGCCAACUGACGGAUUUCUUUAAGGGCAUUGACCAGAAUAUUGAGCGUGCAGUGCAGUCAGAAAUCUUUUUGAGUGAAAGUUACUGCGUAGAGACCUCCAGUCAGCCGCUACUUCCAGCUCCUCUGAAGACGCCUACAACUGGUGCAGACGGUGGAAUUCAGUGGUGGAAUGCUGUUUUUAUCAUGCUUCUAAUUGGAAUUGUUUUACCAGUGUUUUAUUUGGUCUAUUUUAAAAUACAAGCUACUGAUGAGAUCCCUAAUAGCUUGAACACAACUGUUGUCACCAAUGGCUCAAUGGCACUAAAUGUAGUUCCAGGGCAAACCCCCAAAUUAGCGAUUCCAGUGCCAGCCAUCCCCUCUUCAGACAGCCAGUUCAGUCAAACCAACCAGGCAGGGAACUAGCUAUUGUUGUUUCUAAAAUCAGCCCAUCUUUAGCGGUUGGGCUUGUGAUGUGCAUCAGCUGACAUUAGCCAUAUCUUAGGGUGCUGUGUUUUCUUUUCUGUGACAUACGGACGCGUUUCAGAAGCCACUGUUGUAUUCUUGAUACCACCAUGGGGAAUAGCCUUGCCUACUCCAAGGCUGCGGGAGCCAAAACACCAGUGCCCUCAGCCUCCUACAUUCAGAGAGCUGUGGCAAGAGAGACAUUUACAUGUGACAGCUACCAUUUCUUGAAGGCAUUUAGUGGUUUGGCCAUGACUGUCUUCACAGUAGCACUGUGUGGGCCCCCAAGUUGGACGUGCUUGGAGGGGGAGGAAUGGCCUCGUCCAGUGGACCUGCAAUAUGGAAGCCCCUGGGGUUGGCUUUGGUCGCCUGGCUGCUUGCAGUGCCCCUCACCUGCUAUGAGGGGUGUUUGGCUCUGACAAAUGGUGUUCUCUGUCUCUCUGGCAAAGGUGCUGUGCAAUAGUGGUGGAAUGUCACUCUGUUUUAGAGUGUGCCGGAUUAUAAUUCUUAUAAGCCCUACUUCCUGUUUGCCCCACCAAUUAGCCUUUUUGAGACAGUGUCACAUCUAGAAUCAAAAAAGCCCUAAAUCCAAAUUGUUAUGGUAUUGAGUAGCAGCAGUUUUGUUCCUUGUACUUUUAGAGCUACUUAGUUUGACACACAGGCAUGUUUUAAGCUGCUCCGUGGUACACCUCCUGGCCAGAACCUUUGGGGGCCAUGGCCCAGUUUCACCUGAGGUGCAUCCCCACAGCAAUCGCUAACUGGAUUUUCCAAGUCAGCGUUCGUGGAAGGAGCUCUUGCUGGCCAGUGUCUGGAGCCGAGUAGGUGUAGAGAAGGAUGAGUGUCUAUCACCAGGGUCCCAACAUGUGACACUUCUAAGGUCUUAAGGCCAGUCACCAGUCCAAUGUUGCCUAGAGCAGCAGCCCUUGUGUGUGCCUGGAAGAGUAGUGUAGGGAGAAUGGGUGUGCUUCCUGCUGUUUCCCUGACUCCAUUCUUAGGAAUUCUAGAGCCAUCAUACAAGAAUGUGGCUCAGUCAUUUUUCUUGGGGUAAAUAACACUUUAUAUACAAUGUAGCUCAUAAUGUUAAAAGUCCAAACACGUAGUGGAGGGCCUACAGGUGACCUUUGCUGUGAAAGGCUAUAGAAAGAGGGGCCUGAAACCCGUCGGCCUGUGAUUUGCCUGUCUCCUCCUGUGACAAGGCAACAGUGGUACUAAGUGCAGAGGCUUAGGGGAGCAUGGGUUGGCCUCUGAGGCGCUGCGGGUGGAGCAGGAGUAGAUGGGGUGAGGGUGAGAGGCUGCUUUGGCAGGAGCCCAUCUUGAUCCCAUGGAGGAGUGGAAAUAGGCUGAGGUGGCUGGUGGUUCAGCGUCCGAGAGGUCUAUCUCUAGGGAGGAAAACACACUACAAGCGCUAAGCUUUAGGCAUGGUUUAUGGCAUUUGAUACACUAGGCCUAGAGAUAGAUUGGAAAGAUCUCAUCAUGUAAGAGGAUAGCAGUGUGGCAGAAGAGUACUUGAGAUGCAUCCAAUUUUUUUCCCAGUUUCUUUCUUUUGUGUGAAAAAAUAUUUGCCCUGGAGUCAAUUAGCAAAUUUAAAUUAUCUUCAAAGUUAAAUGUUUUAUUCAAAACCAAAAUGGUCUUCAGGAUAAAAUAAACUUGUGAACCUUUGCUACAGGAAAUGUUU